CACUAUAUUCAGAUAAAUUGCACAGAAACAAUUAAUGUAGAGAGAAAGAAAAGUGUCUGAUUUUCUCUCUUUAGUUUAAGAAAAUUUAGUUUUCACAUGUGAAAGAUUUAAAUUAGGAACGUUUAUUGGACUUACCUUUUUAACGUGCACUUCGCCGUAGUCUGGUUAGAAUGAAGGGUAAACUAGAGUUAAUGGAGAAAGCCGAUGCAGUGCGACCGGUGUCACACGCAGCGACUGUGGAAGAGGCGCUGACUGUCACUGGGUUCGGCAAAUACAACCUGUGCCUGCUCCUGGUGUGCACGGGGUCGCUGCAGGCCAUGGGGCUGGACAUGUUCGGGUCCUCCUUCACCGUGGCGGCCGCCGUGUGCGACCUGCACCUCACGCUGACGCAGCAGGCGCUGCUGACUGGGAUACCUCUUGCAGGCGCAGUACUAGGCGCGCAGCUGUGGGGCUACGUGUGCGACGCGCGCGGGCGGCGGCUCACGCUCGUGGUGUCCAUGGCCGCCGGCGCCGCACUCGGCUCCUGCAGCAGUCUGGCGCCCGGGUGUGUCUCCAUGGCCGUGCUGAAGCUGUUGAGCGCUACUUUCACUUCAGCCAGCAACUCGGGCGCUUACACGCUGGUGGGCGAGUGCUGCGACGCGCGCUCCCGCGGCCGCGCCAUGCUGCUGUGUACUUGUGCCCUCAUGUGCUGCCAGGCUGUUGCUGCUGUGAUCACAUACCCAAUCCUGCUCCUCGACUUUUCCUAUCCGAUCGAGUUCCUCGGCAUCAACUACCGGCCGUGGCGCCUGCUGGUGCUGGCUCUCUACAUCCCUUGUCUCCUGGUAGCCUACCUGCUCACGCACUUCGAGGAGAGCCCCAAGUUCCUCGCCAGCAAGGGGAGGUAUGAAGAGGCGCUGGAUGUGUUGAAGAGGAUCUAUGCUUGUAACACUGGCAAAGGACGGGAUGAGUUUCCUAUCAAGAAGCUGAUCCCCGAGGUCGGCGAAGAGGAGUCCUCCUCUACGGAAGGCUGCUCGUUCUUCGGUGCCAUGUGGAGGCAGACGGCGGCGUUGUUCCGCCCCCCGCUCCUCACCACCACCCUGCAGCUGUACUACCUCGUCGCUGUUAUUUACAUGACUGGCAGUGGUUUCCUACUCUGGCUGCCGUACAUCAUGAACAACCUGUUCGCGGUACUAGAGACGGGCGGGGGGCAGAACAUGAACCUCUGCUCCGUCAUCGCCAUGACGCCCAGUGACGACGUCCUUAUCACUGAGAAUAAUUCUACGCUAACAGAAGUCUGCAACGACACAAUCCAGAACACAACAUUAAUAUCCUCCAUCAUCUAUGGAUCUCUUGCGAUGUGUGCAAACCUGGUACUUUCACUAACGGCUGGCUCAAGAAAGCGUCUGGCCAUGCUGUGUAUCCUGACGGUCUCCAGUACUUCUGCUCUCCUGGUCAACUUGGUCCCGGUGCCGUUGGCUGGAGUCAUGUUCUACUUCUUCUUCGUCAUGAGCGCCUUGUCCAUGGGGAUAUUGAGCGUGUAUUUUGUGGAGCUUUACUCUACUUCUGUGAGGGGUAUGGCGGCAUGCCUGUCGGUCAUGGUGGGGCGCUCCAGUGCCUUCAUAGGAGUGAAUGCCAUCGGAGCCCUACUAGUGAACAACUGUGAAGCAACGUUCUAUGGCUGGUCGAUACUGCUGCUGAGUGCAUUUGUCUUCACGUGGUUCUUGCCGAGGGACAAGGACCCACAGAAAUGAACUGAAUUUAUUCUGCUUUAAUUUAUUUAUAUUAGGUUAAUUGUACCUGAACUGAACUGAGUAGUAUGUUAAGAAUGUAAAUUAAGUUAAAGAUAAGUAAUAAAUGACAGCUAAUAACUU